AUGAGAAUAUAUGGGGUCUUUCUCCAUCUUGCAGACAUUAUAGUAGGGGAUUUUUCUCUCAAUCUUGCAGACAUUAUAGUAGGGGAUUUUUCUCUCAAUCUUGUAGACAUUAUAGUAGGGGAUUUUUCUCUCAAUCUUGCAGACAUUAUAGUAGGGGAUUUUUCUCUCAAUCUUGCAGACAUUAUAGUAGGGGAUUUUUCUCUCAAUCUUGCAGACAUUAUAGUAGAGGAUUUUUCUCUCAAUCUUGCAGACAUUAUAGUAGGGGAUUUUUCUCUCAAUCUUGCAGACAUUAUAGUAGGGGAUUUUUCUCUCAAUCUUGCAGACAUUAUAGUAGGGGAUUUUUCUCUCAAUCUUGCAGACAUUAUAGUAGGGGAUUUUUCUCUCAAUCUUGCAGACAUUAUAGUAGAGGAUUUUUCUCUCAAUCUUGUAGACAUGAUAGUAGAGGAUUUUUCUCUCAAUCUUGCAGACAUUAUAGUAAAGGAUUUUUCUCUCAAUCUUGUAGACAUGAUAGUAGAGGAUUUUUCUCUCAAUCUUGCAGACAUUAUAGUAGGGGAUUUUUCUCUCAAUCUUGCAGACAUUAUAGUAGGGGAUUUUUCUCUCAAUCUUGCAGACAUUAUAGUAAAGGAUUUUUCUCUCAAUCUUGCAGACAUUAUAGUAAAGGAUUUUUCUCUCAAUCUUGCAGACAUUAUAGUAAAGGAUUUUUCUCUCAAUCUUGCAGACAUUAUAGUAAAGGAUUUUUCUCUCAAUCUUGUAGACAUUAUAGUAGGGGAUUUUUCUCUCAAUCUUGUAGACAUUAUCGAAGAGAAAUUUUCUAUCAAUCUUACAGACAUGGAAGAGGAUUUUUCUCUUAAUCUUGCAGACGUGGAAGGGGAUUUUUCUUUUAAUCUUGCAGACAUUAUCGAAGGAGAUUUUUCUCUCAAUCUUACAGAUAUUAUGGAAGGGUAUUUUUCACCCAAUCUUACAGACAUGGAAGGGUAUUUUUCACCCAAUCUUACAGACAUCAUCGAAGGGGAUUUUUCUCUCAAUCUUACAGACAUUAUAGAAAAGGAAUUGUCUCAGUCUUGCAGACAUUAUGACAGGGUAUUUCUUCCAAUCUUACAGACAUCAUCGAAGGGGAUUUUUCUCUCAAUCUUACAGACAUUAUAG